AAUUCCUGAUCCCCCAAACAAUAAUUCAAGCACUCUCACAAGUGCAUCCAUCAGGUUUGACAUCCUCAUCUCCCCCACUUCCGUUUCGCUCGCACUUGAGCUAAAUUACAGCGUAAGCAAAGGACUGCAUCCGCUAAAGACUACUUCCGAACUUUCCGGGCUGGCUCCAACAAAAAGCGCAAUAUCCAAACCCGCAAUGUCUCUCGUAACACUGUCCUCGGAGGACUGUGAGAUGAUUGAGAAGAGCAUCGAUAUGAUCUCGAUGCAGUGCAAGAUGAUUGCAAACAUGCUGCGGCGAUCUCGCGACGCGUCAGGCAUGGCACUCGACUCGCGCCAAGACACCGGCACGCCCGAUGGCGGCGAGGCUGUCGAGAUGCUGAACAGCGCAAUGUCGUCGCUGUCCUCGACAAUGCGCCAUGUGUCGGGCGAGUACAGCGAGCCGACGUCAGCAUCGCGCAAGCGGCCGCGCAUCAGGCCGUACGGAGACGACCAGUACGCGUUGGGGCGGAUGGACGCGAUGGCGUCGCACACGACGCCGCCGGCAGUCAAGCGCCGCGGGCGGCCGCCGCGCGACUACGGCGAUGAGCUGGGCCCUGCGUUCGCGAUGUACGCCAGCGAGGUGUUCGGCAAGACGGCACAGGCGAUGCACGAGCGCGCCAGCAAGACCGAGGUGCUGCGUGCGGUGUGGGACAGCUGGUGGCUGUCGGCGCAGGGGCUCAAGGACAAGUACUUGGCACUGGCGCGCCACGAGACGGUCGUCAACGAGACCAACAUGCUGGAGAUGCUGGUGGACUACCCGCUGCCCAGCGACGCCGCGGCAAUCCAGGCCAGUCACAGGCAGCCGCCAUUCAGCGCGCACUCGCAGCAGCAGCACCAGCCGCACUACCACAGCCAGCAGCCCUACCAACCGCAGCCGCAGGCACAGUUGCCGAUGCCACAUCGCCACCAGAGCCAUGACCAGGCCCAAGGCAAUGCGCGCUUGCCGAUGCACUCGCAGCCGCACUCGCACUCGGAGUCGCACUCGCCCGAGCCAGAGGCCGAUGCGUUUGACGCGUUCCUGCGCGAGCAGAUCCCGCUGCUUCGGUCCAAGGUGCCAGACUGGAGUGAGGCCGAGAUCCACCGGCGGCUGACGGUCAAUUGGAACGGCAUGGCACCGGCUGAGCGCGAACGCUACGAUGGCGCACGCACUGCACACGCGCACGCGCACACUCCCACGCCUGUGCACACGCCGCUGUCGGCAUCGUUGCGUGCGACCAGCCACAGCGCGCCGCGGCGCGCGUACGUGCUGUUUUGUCGCAAGGAGCGGCCGCUGUUGGUGCGCGACAACCCAACGUGGGACCUGCCGACUGUUAACAAGGAGCUGGGCCGGCGCUGGAAGGACCUGGACGCCGAGGAGCGCGAGGUCUACCACGAGAUGGAGCGGCGCGAGGUCGACGAGCGGUCGCUGGCGCGCAGUGGGUCGGCAGCCGCAGCUGCAGCCGCAGCCGCCGCGUCGGGCAGCCCGCGCGAUCACGACGCAUACCGCGCGGCGCCGUACCAGCGGCCAGGUGGGUACUUUGGCGUGCUACAGGCAGCGCCGUCGGCGCGGCCCGGCGCGCGCCUGGGCGUCACGCCCAACCCAAACAAGGGCCCCUCCAAGGCCUACGUUUUUUACUCGCGCAUGAACCGUAAGCGCGUAACGGCCGAGCACCCCGAGUGGGACCUGGCGACCAUCAACCGCGAGCUGGGCCGCAUGUGGAAGAUGCUGCCGACCAACGACCGCCAGGACUGGGAGGCGCGCGCCGCCGCCUCGCAGCCCGCAGACGAGCCGGCUUUAGCCUCGGCUACAUCCACACCCCGCUACCACGCGUCACCCGUGCCGCUCCCUGCGCCAUCUGCCAGCGCCAGCGCCGCCACCACGUCCAUGCCGGCGACGCCAGCCUCGGAGACUGCGACACCCGCACCAAUGUCUGCUGCAAGAGGCAGCGAUGGCCGCGCUGCACCGCAUGCAGGCAACCAUGCCAUCGACAUUGAUGCUGACGUCGACGCCAACGCCGACAUUGAUGCCGACGCCGGCCCCGAGAGCGAGGCUGAGGACGUCGAGAUGCAGGAGGACUCUGAAGAUGAGCAGAGGCACCAGCCAAGGCAGCCUCUGCAUGGCGCCUUGGCUCCCGCUUCAGGCUCGGGCUCGGUCCCGGCCUCCCACAGCGUCGCUGCAGCCAUUGUACUCCCCAAGCAGCAGCACGUAGCUGCCGGCCCUCCACCGACCGCAAAGCCCGCGGUCAAGACCAACGGCACCCCGCAUGCCUCGCUGGCGGCCGCCGCGUCAACGCUGUCGCGGGAGUCGCUCCACUUGAACCGCACGCCUGAGAGCCAAUGAGCCAGGACUAUAUUGAGCUGUUGAGCCAGUGGGUAGCAGCAACUUGACUUAUUUCCCCGUCCUUUUCCAAUUUUAUUUCAUGCCCUUACUU